AUGGCGGUCAUGUCUAAGGAUGUGCUGGUUAACGGAAGUUGGUAUAUGAAUUGUCGAGCGCAUGCCGUAGGACGCAAUGUCCGAACGGUUGUUCAAGAGGCUGGUUCGCCUUGCAACGGAAACGUCGUCGAACUGCUUCCAAAACAGCUUUAUUUCGCAUCAUUUAAAGCACCUCCACACAAAGCUGAUCCACAUGUCCGCUACAUCGAUCUGGACAACCGUGUACAUUAUGAACCUUUCUAUGGCGACUUCGGUCCACUCAACCUUUCCGUAUUAUACAGAUUUACGCGAUAUCUUCACGGUCUUGUUGAGGUACUUUUUUUAUUUAUUUCAAACUUUAUUGUUUGCAUUUUUUUGAUAAGUACUGUUUAA